GUUCAUAAAAUCAUCUGAUAAAAAUAUUGUAGACACGUUGUACGGUAUAUAUUUCUAAGAAGAUUGUGAGCAUAUUGACUCCAGUGAACCGCCUGUUACAAGCUAGCAAAGGUGAAAUGGAUGGCGGUCUAAGGACGACCUCUGAUGCAGCUAGACAACGCCCAAAGGGGUCUGGAAGUACCAAUGGUCAAGUCAGUGAUAAACCUCAGUCUAAUAUAAACAUGCAAGAAGUUUACCAGAGAGAGCGGACUGAGAGGGAUACCAUUGUGAUAUGGAAAAGUCCACUGACAACAUUUCAAUUCUUCUUUCUAGAAUGUAUGAUACUUUUAUCCACUGUUAUGAAGAGACUAUGGAGAAGGAAAGCAACAGUGUUACUUGUCCUUUUGGGAUCCCUCGCUGUUUAUGCUUUAUAUCUAACUGAGGGUCCGCACCAAAAGUACGUAGAGAUAAUGGAGAAACACUUGCUGUGGUGGUCGUACUGGGUUGGCCUGGGGAUCCUGUCUUCAGUAGGUCUAGGUACUGGCCUACAUACAUUCCUUCUCUACCUGGGUCCACACAUAGCAUCUGUGACAUUAGCUGCCUAUGAAUGUUCAUCUAUAGAUUUUCCAGAACCGCCUUACCCUUCCAAAAUCAUAUGUCCUACGGAUGUAGAGGCUGGGUCUGGCCACAUCUCGCUGUGGACAAUAAUGGGCAAGGUCCGCAUUGAAGCUAUCAUGUGGGGAGCAGGAACAGCUAUUGGAGAACUUCCUCCUUAUUUUAUGGCCAGGGCUGCCAGACUCUCCGGGUCCCAUGAUGAUGAUGAAUUUGAGGAAAUUGAAGAACUCUUACAGGAAAAGCAGGUCCAUCCAGAUGAUAUGUCUUUCAUGGAAAGAGCAAAGCUAGGUGUACACAACUUGGUACAGAGAGUUGGGUUCUUUGGAAUUCUGGCAUGUGCAUCAAUUCCCAAUCCACUAUUUGAUUUGGCAGGAAUCACCUGUGGUCAUUUCCUUGUGCCAUUCUGGACAUUUUUUGGAGCAACAUUAAUAGGAAAAGCUGUUAUUAAGAUGCAUAUACAGAAGUUAUUUGUUAUCUUCAUGUUUAGUGAACAUCAUGUAGAAGGCGUGGUUAAUUUAUUAGGAUAUAUCCCCAAGUUUGGUAAAUCAUUACAGUCGCCCUUCAAGGAUUAUUUAACAUUACAACGCAAGAAACUUCAUCGUGCAGAGGGUGAAGACGUGGCAAAUGAAUCCAAUGUUCUAGGCUGGAUAUUUGAGAAGUUGAUCAUAGUAAUGGUUAUAUAUUUCAUUGUGUCUAUAGUCAACUCAACAGCGCAAAGUUACCAUAAAAGGAUGUGUAAAGAAAAACGCAAGUCACGAGCAAACUGAUGGACGACACAAUAGGAGGAACAUAGGUGAUACUGUGUGAGGAUGGAAAGCUUACAUUAGUGUUGGACGUACGGGAUCUAUUGAAGGAAACUGGGGGUAUUGCUUAAAAGAAGGAGUAGAUAUCAGUCUAAAAUCAAUUAAAAAAAUUCUCUGUAAACUCAUAUUGAUUUUAAUAUCAAUUUUGAUUACUGUAUGUACUCAAGAUAGUAAAACAGUCUGAAGAUCUAGAAAAAAAAUCUUCAAAAAGAUUACACUUGUUUGGAAUAAAACUGAUUAGAUGUUUUCAAUAAAUUCCUGUUUGGGGUUAUUAAAACAAGUCUAAAAGGGAUGAUCGAGUACCCCGUUUCUGAUAGAUAUUGGAUGAUGAGGAAGCAUGUGCCUCUUUGCUCAGGUGACCUGUCAUGUGGUGUAAGAGGUCCACCAUAUAGCGACCUUUUGUAACAUGGCUGUAUAUAGAUGAUGGUUGUAAAAGGUCAUUUCUCAUACUCACAAGAUUUUUAUAUUGUUUGAAUAUUUAUUCUGAAAAAAAAAAUUCUUUUUAUAUAUAUGUAGAAAAAUACCUUGUUUGAAAGGUAACUAUUACAAUCACAUUAAAGAAAUUUGAACAAUUUAACAAAAUAAGGGAUGGUGACACUGCAUGGUACACAUUUAACUGAAUUUGUCUCAUCAGUUGUUGUUUUAAUCUACGACUACAUAUUAUUAGUGCUCUGUUGAUAGAGCUAAAGAUUCCCUCAGGCUGUGUCAGUAACCAGAGGCUUGACCACUGUUGAUAGAGCUAAAGAUUCCCUCGGGCUGUGUCAGUAACGAGAGACUUGACCACUGUUGAUAGAGCUAAAGAUUCCCUCGGGCUGUGUCAGUAACAAGAGACUUGACCACUGUUGAUAGAGCUAAAGAUUCUCUCAGGCUGUGUCAGUUACGAGAGACUAGAGCUGAAGAUUCCCUCAGGCUGUGUCAGUUACGAGAGACUAGAGCUAAAGAUUCUCUCAGGCUGUGUCAGUUACGAGAGACUAGAGCUAAAGAUUCCCUCGGGCUGUGUCAGUUACGAGAGACUAGAGCUAAAGAUUCCCUCGGGCUGUGUCAGUAAUGAGACUUCUCCAGACCACACUGGUCCAUUUGUAGGCCCCGCUAUAACCUGGGUAACUUCUCCUAUGAGUCAAAACCUUGACUACACGCUACCAUUACAGUGCUCUAUCCAUUAAGGUGGAAACAUGGAUACUUCUCCAGUGUGAAACACACCAGCAGAAGUGCUAGGACUAUGAAACCAUUAAGUGUGAGAUUAUCAAUGUUAAGUCUGACAUUCGAGUGGUAUACCUCUGUAGUCAAUGUUAUCUUUGUGAUAUUUCAUGGCUGUCGUGCUGUUUACAGCUAGUAAUCAAUUUCAUUAUGAAAUGUUUUGAGGAAACACUAUUGACCACAAAGUGGUGAUGUGUUUGUAGUGUUUAAUGUAUUCAUUGAUUAAACUAUCCUCAUGGUGUACAUCAAGCCUGUUAUGUUAAUAUAUCUAUCGAUCUUCCCUGUUUUGGAGGGAAAUUCUCUAUUUUUUACCCUUAAUUUUGACACAAAUUAUCUGUAAACCUCCUAUUACCCAUAAUUUUAUAAAUCAAAUUGGCCCAUCAGAAGGAAUAGUUUGAAAUACAUGUAUGUAGAUUUGAGAUAUUGAUUUGUCAGAAGGACGUCUCUAAAUUUAUUUUCCUAAGAAUUAUAAGUAAAAUCUUGGAAAAUUUUAAAAAGUUGGCAUAACUACUGUGGUGUCAGUGUAAUAACACUGACUACAUUAAUGUUGCUAUGGAUACGUGACGAUAUUAAUGUUGCUAUGGAUACGGGUAAUAAGACCUGUUGAUAGAGCUGUGACUGACUGUAGGUUCCCACUGUUUCUGUUCCAAUAUCAUAUCUUCAUGGUAAAAGAGGCAAGGAGUGCAAAUUUUCCCCACUUACAUUUCAUAUCGGUCUGACAAAAUGAUGUUGUUUUUUAAUGUUUUGAAAUAUAUAGGUCUUUGUUAUGUCAUAAAGUAUCUUACAUUUGUUUCCAUUUUUUUAUGAAAUUAUGAAACUUGUCACAAAUUUUUUGUUAACCUUGCCAGAAGCUUGAUGUAAUGAAAAAUUGUUUGAUUAUUUUCUGUAAAUCAUAUUGAAUUGGGAACUCAAAUUAGACCUUUUCAGCCAGGAGAAUUUUUUCAGCUUAAAAACUAAUUAUCUUUUUUAAAAAAACAACUAUAGUUUCCCGUGGAAAUGUUUUAGAAAGGGUUACUUCCGACUUGUUUUCUCAUAGCUGAUCUCACUCUUGAAAGUAUUGUGUUAUUUAAUCAGUAAAUAUCCCUUCAUGGUAUCUUUUGAUUGUUUAAUAUGAUCAUUAAAUACAAUGAAUUUAGAUAGGUCUGUCUUAAAGUGUCUUAAUCAUGUCUUGCAAACAGUGAAAUAUCAAAAUUGGGGUUGGGGUCACAAUUCAAAUUUUCAAAUCAUAUGGGAUAUCAAAAUCUCUUCAGAACAUUAUCAACAUUUUAUAAGUUAAGAAAUGACACAUUGAAGAUUAUUUGAAUGAGCAUGUAGCUUAUUUAUGAAUAAUCAUUGCAAAACAAAAAUUAAUGUAUUAUUUAUUUUGUCAAUUAUUUUUUUAUUUGUACAUUGUAUAACAAAAAUGCCUGCAAAUAUAGCACAUUUCUUCAAUUUUCCAAACUCAAAUGAAAUCAAAUAUCCUUGUUUUAAUUGCUUUUUAUAUUUAGUAUUAGCAUUAUAUAUUUAGGGACCUUUGAUUGUUUUUACAUUCCAUUUAGGAGCAGUACCUGAAGUUUUCCUUUUUACCAUCUGCCAUAUUUGUUGUUAUGUUGUACAACCCUGUUAUCAGAGUCAGCAUUAUCAAGUUCACCAAAGUGUUUGCCUGCGAUGUGAAAAUAUCAACCUGUUGAUGAAUUACAGUAGUGUAGCUAUAUAUGCUCCAGUAGUGUUGUGUAUAUCUUGUGUAUACAUAAGAGUAACUCAUUUUCUUGUUUUGAAUUGCUUGUCUUCGUGACAUAAUUGUCACUCAGUAGGUAGUAACAAUAUCCUUUGUCUAUUUCAUAAUAAAAAUCAUCAUAUCUGACCAUCACAUAACCAAAGUUACAAUUUAAUAUCAUUUUGGCCCAGUCGAAUGAUAAUCACAGAAUUAUAAAUUCACUCUGCUAAGUUUUAACAAAAUGACUGAUCACUUGAUGUAUGGGAUUAAAUGAAAUAGGAAUGAAGAUGAAGAUGUGGUUUAGGUUAGUUUGGAUUGUGGCCUCAGUUAUUAGAAUGCCUGGCCCAAAAUGAUUCAGAUCGUGUGUGCCUUUUGUUAAUACUUUUACGCUUCAGACAGGAACACAGAUUUUUAUACUGUAUAAUGCAGACAAUCGUAGCAACAUGAUGGCAGUGAGGGUAACAAAGCAUUAAUAUGGUGACUGUGUCCGUAACAGAGCAUUAAUAUGGUGACUGUGUCCGUAACAGAGCAUUAAUAUGGUGACUGUGUCCGUAACAGAGCAUUAAUAUGGUGACUGUGUCCGUAACAGAGCAUUAAUAUGGUGACUGUGUCCUUAACAGAGCAUUAAUAUGGUGACUGUGUCCGUAACAAAGCAUUAAUAUGGUGACUGUGUCCGUAACAGAGCAUUAAUAUGGUGACUGUGUCCGUAACAAAGCAUUAAUAUGGUGACUGUGUCCGUAACAGAGCAUUAAUAUGGUGACUGUGUCCGUAACAGAGCAUUAAUAUGGUGACUGUGUGUCCGUAACAGAGCAUUAAUAUGGUGACUGUGUCCGUAACAGAGCAUUAAUAUGGUGACUCUGUGUCCGUAACAGAGCAUUAAUAUGGUGACUGUGUCCGUAACAGAGCAUUAAUAUGGUGACUGUGUCUGUAACAGAGCAUUAAUAUGGUGACUGUGUCCGUAACAAAGCAUUAAUAUGGUGACUGUGUCCGUAACAGAGCAUUAAUAUGGUGACUCUGUGUCCGUAACAGAGCAUUAAUAUGGUGACUGUGUCCGUAACAGAGCAUUAAUAUGGUGACUGUGUCCGUAACAAAGCAUUAAUAUGGUGACUGUGUCCGUAACAGAGCAUUAAUAUGGUGACUCUGUGUCCGUAACAGAGCAUUAAUAUGGUGACUGUGUCCGUAACAGAGCAUUAAUAUGGUGACUGUGUCCGUAACAGAGCAUUAAUAUGGGGACUCAUUGUCCGUAACAAAAUAUAACCAUAUGGGUCAAAGUGCACGUAUUAUGUACACUUGGCAUCAAAUAUGACAACCUUGUUUUAGAGGCAGUAAUGUUCACUCUGUUACAGGGGGCAUUAAUGCUUACUCUGUUACAGGGGGCAGUAAUGCUCACUCUGUUACAGGGGACAGUAAUGCUUACUCUGUUACAGGGGACAUUAAUGCUUACUCUGUUACAGGGGGCAUUAAUGCUUACUCUGUUACAGGGGGCAUUAAUGCUUACUCUGUUACAGGGACAUUAAUGCUUACUCUGUUACAGGGGGCAUUAAUGCUCACUCUGUUACAGGGACAGUAAUGCUUACUCUGUUACAGGGGGCAGUAAAGCUCACUGUUACAGGGGGCAUUAAUGCUUACUCUGUUACAGGGGGCAGUAAUGCUUACUCUGUUACAGGGGCAUUAAUGCUUUCUCUGUUACAGGGACAGUAAUGCUUACUCUGUUACAGGGGGCAGUAAAGCUCACUGUUACAGGGGGCAUUAAUGCUUACCCUGUUAUAGGGGGCAUUAAUGCUUACUCUGUUAUAGGGGGCAUUAAUGCUUACUCUGUUAAAGGGGGCAGUAAUGCUCACUCUGUUACAGGGGGCAGUAAUGCUUACUCUGUUACAGGGGGCAGUAAUGCUUACUCUGUUACAGGGGGCAUUAAUGCUUACUCUGUUACAGGGGGCAUUAAUGCUUACUCUGUUACAGGGGGCAGUAAUGCUUACUCUGUUACAGGGGGCAGUAAUGCUCACUCUGUUGCAGGGGGCAGUAAUGCUUACUCUGUUACAGGGGGCAGUAAUGCUUACUCUGUUACAGGGGGCAGUCAUACUCACUGUUAUAGGGGCAUUAAUGCUUACUCUGUUACAGGGGGCAGUAAUGCUCACUCUGUUACAGGGGGCAGUAAUGCUUACUCUGUUACAGGGGGCAUUAAUACUUACUCUGUUACAGGGGGCAGUAAUGCUUACUCUGUUACAGGGGGCAGUAAUGCUCACUCUGUUACAGGGGGCAGUAAUGCUUACUCUGUUACAGGGGGCAGUAAUGCUUACUCUGUUACAGGGGGCAGUAAUGCUUACUCUGUUGCAGGGGGCAGUAAUGCUUACUCUGUUACAGGGGGCAGUAAUACUCACUGUUAUAGGGGCAUUAAUGCUUACUCUGUUACAGGGGGCAGUAAUGCUCACUCUGUUACAGGGGGUAGUAAUGCUCACUGGUACAGGGGGCAGUAAUGCUUACUCUGUUACAGGGGGCAGUAAUGCUUACUCUGUUACAGCGGGCAGUAAUGCUCACUCUGUUACAGGGGGCAGUAAUGGUCACUCUGUUACAGAGGCAGUAAUUCUCAUUCUGUUACAGGGGCAGUAAUGCUCACUCUGUUACAGGGGGCAAUAAUGCUUACUCUGUUACAGGGGGCAGUUAUACUCACUGUUAUAGGGGCAUUAAUGCUUACUCUGUUACAGGGGACAGUAAUGCUCACUCUGUUACAGGGGGCAGUAAUGCUUACUCUGUUACAGGGACAGUAAUGCUUACUCUGUUACAGGGGUAGUGAUGCUUACUCUGUUACAGGGGCAGUAAUGCUCACUCUGUUACAGGGGCAGUAAUGCUUACUCUGUUACAGGGGGCAGUAAUGCUUACUCUGUUACAGGGGGCAGUAAUGCUCACUCUGUUACAGGGGUAGUAAUGCUUACUCUGUUACAGGGGGCAGUAAUGCUUACUCUGUUACAGGGGUAGUAAUGCUUACUCUGUUACAGGGGGCAGUACUGCUUACUCUGUUAUAGGGGGCAGUAAUGCUAACUCUGUUAGGGGGGACAGUAAUGCUAACUCUGUUAUCGGGGCAGUAAUGCUUACUCUGUUAGGGGGGCAGUAAUGCUCACUGUUAUAGGGGCAUUAAUGCUUACUCUGUUACAGGGGGCAGUAAUGCUCACUCUGUUAGGGGGGGCAGUAAUGCUCACACACACAUUAGUUUUUUACACUUAUUAGUACAUAUCAGAAUAGCAAAGUAAGAUAAUGAAAUACCUUUACUGUAUUGUGUUUAGUUGUUUGAUACUCUUACGGGUAAAAUCAAGGCACUGUAUUUAUACAGAUAAACAUAUUUUAACAUAACUACUGUUUGUAUGUAAAUAAAUGCCUAAGGGUUUUUUAAUAAGUGUAUAAUAAUUGCUAUUUUCUGGAUACCAAGACUGAAACUUAAUGGUUUAUUUUAUCUCUAUGUACAGCAUGAAAUCUAAUUAAAAAUAAUUUACUUAAGAAUGCUUUUGACAAGUAUUAAGACAUAAGCUGUCUAUAAUAAUGUUGUACAGUUAUAUACUGUGUAAUCUAAUCAUAACUAGGUACAAAUGGUCGUAAUAAUCAUUACAAGGUACAAAUGGUCGUAAUAAUCAUUACAAGGUACAAAUGGUCGUAAUAAUCAUUACAAGGUACAAAUGGUGUUGUACAGUUAUAUACUGUGUAAUUAAAUCAUUACAAGGUACAAAUGGUUUUGUGUGUGUACAAUCCUCCAUAUAUUGUUAUCCAUCCACGGUUGCUUCUCUCUUUUUCUAUCUUCCUUUUAAUUUUUAUGUUGUUUUUUUUUGUAACUUCUGUAUAUAAGUAUAUGUGCAAUUUGAUCAAACAGUGAUCUUGAUAUUAUUCAUCCCCAUAUUGUGUAGAUUCAGUAACAGUUAUCUAACAUGAGAUGUAAACAUUAGGAAGCAUGUAAGAAAACAAGGUUAAUAACACUUUACCUAAAGUUUUAAAAUUAUUGAAAUGGUGUGAUGUUGGUGAUAUCUGAUUUAAGACGAUCGUGUAUUGCUGUCCAAUAAGUUUCACUCAGGUGUGCUUUACAAUUCCCUAUAUUUUAAAGUUCUGGGAUGACAGUUUAGGGCUGGAAAGAAGUGAUAAUUGGGUGAAUGUUUACUAUUGUUCUUCGGUUUACCUGAGCUACACCUGUAGAAGUUGUUAACGAGAUAGCAUAUCUAUGCAGUGAUGACUGUGAUAAAGUUUCCUCUGCCUCAUCAUGUACUCUAGAGAUGAGCACAUCAUUAUAGAACUAACAUAGUAUCACCCAAAAUGAUGUCUAAUGUUUUGUAAAAUUUGACAAACUUAUCUCAGAAUAAAACCUUCUACAAUACCAUUUCUACAACAUGUCAGGUUUACUGGGUUUUCCCAGAAAUUUAUACAAAUGGUGUUUUAAUUUGAAAUCAGUAUUUGCAGGUUGAUGACCAGAAGUAUUGAAACCAGUGUGUAUUGAAUUAAUCAGGAACUGAUGCAAUCUAAUUAAGAUUAGACCGGUAAUUUCCACUCCUCAACAAUACACUGCAAUCCAAGAAUCUACUUGCAGUAAUCAAAAUUAGACGAGUAAUUUCCGCUCCUCUACGAUGAUGGAGUCAGAACAACCACUCUGUGUUGAUGUCCUUCCACUAGGGAAGGUGUCCGGUACUUUCAACUUUUAGGUUUAUAAUGUGCCAAUCAAUAUUCACUUUUUUUUUAUUCUAUUUGAAAACAGAUCACACUUUUUGUUCUAUUGACUAGCACUCUUAACUUUUAUAAAGCAUCAUAAAAAAAUAGAGAACAUUUUAAUAAAACCUCUUAAAUCUUUAUACUUGACAUUUUGCAGAUUGCAGAUAUUUAGAAGAUGAAUGAUAAGAGAACAAAACGAUUUACAUGCAUUUAUAUGAAUUAUUUAUGUUGAGUGUUCUGUUGUUGGUAUUUACCUGGUUAAUAUCUGUGAAGUGGAGAUACAUGACUGAGAUGUAGAUAGGUAUGAUAGGUACCACCGAGUACCUAGGAUUUCCUAGUCAUAAUAGUUUUACCUGAUCAAGGUGCUGUUUUUUUUUCUGUUUAAAGUAACUUAUAUUCAAGAGCUUGCCUAUUGUUUCAUUUGAAAACAAAUAAAAAAAACCUCGUUUGACUGGCAUUAUUAAUUUGUACUAUGACCUUUUUUUGAAAUUACUUUAAUAAUAUAACAAAGUAAAAUCACAAUUGUGAUAAAUAUUUUAUCAGUCAGAGAUAAUGUUUACUUAGUUGUACCUAAGGUUAACGGGGGCUCUCAGUGUUAGUCUGAAUAACAUAAUGUAUGUAACAUGUACUUGCUCAAGUAGAAAUAUUUUAUUGGUACAUUCCUUAAUUACAGAUUUAUCCUAGGUCCAUUGACUGAUCACACCACCCAUUACCCUGUGUUGUGUAGGAUUUAAUAUUUUGUUAUUUAUUUCAUGAAAUGAUACAUGGCAUUGAUUUUUGUGGAAAAACAUGUUACUUAGAAGUGAAUUUUCCCUUGUUUAUAAACAAUAACCGGUAAAAAUAAAUUUGAAAUUUAUGUUUUGAGUGUAACUGUAAAAAUGCCAAUGUUGAAACUUGUGUAUUAAUAAAAUCAUUUGUAGAAAUG